CUUGGUGUGAUCCAUAGCAGUGAAAACGAAAGUGAUAGUAUUUAUUGGGCGUAUGCUCUGAACUUGUUUUGGAUUAAGUGGAAAAGUUUAGCUCCGGGCUUCACAAGCUUCACUUCAGAUCAGACGGGUCUCCUUGCUGCGCAGAAGAAUUUGAAGUGAAUUUGACAUUUGUGAAGGAAACAGCACUGUCUUCUCAGUCUUAUAAUUCCUGAAUCAAAGAUCAUCUCAUAGCUGGACUCUGAAUGAAGAAAGAAGAACGAAUAAGCCUACUACUCAACAGCCCCAAGAGCCCCAGCAGUGGAAAGACCCUUCAAGCAAAGAAUGGCUAUGUUUGAUGAUUAUGAUAUAAUAACUCUGGAGGACCUUGAAGAUAUUAAAGAAUCCAUAUCUACUCAGGAUCUCCCAACAGCGGUAAACACAAUCAGAGAAGUCCUUGAAAAACAGGAUCUUGUAGAACUUAACAUUGGUGUGACGGGGGAGUCAGGUUCUGGAAAAUCUACCUUUGUCAAUGCAUUCAGGGGUUUAGGGGAUGAAGAAGAGGACUCUGCUAAAACUGGCCCUGUAGAAACCACUAUGGAGCCUGAAGCUUAUUUUCACCCAAAAUAUAAAAAUGUGAAAGUGUGGGAUCUUCCUGGCAUUGGAACACCAAACUUCAAAGCCGAUGAGUAUCUUAAACUUGUUAAGAUUGAACGCUAUGAUUUUUUCAUCAUCAUCGCUUCAGAUCGGUUCAGAGAAUGCCACAUUCUGCUGGCCAAAGAGAUCGUGAGAAUGGGGAAAAGGUUUUAUUUUGUUCGUUCCAAGAUUGACCAAAGCAUUGAUGCUGAGAAGAAGAGUAAGAAGAAAAGCUUUGACCAGAAAAAGACAUUGGAUUCCAUCCGAGAGGACUGUGAAAAAGGUCUGAGAAACAUCGGUAUAGAGGAUGCUGUCGUGUUUUUGAUCUCUAGCUUUGAGCUCGGCAACUAUGAUUUAAAUCUUCUGCAGGAUAGAAUGGAGCAAGAGCUUCCACAGCAUAAGAGAUUUGUGCUGCUGUUGGCUUUGCCGAAUAUCACACUGGAGAUCAAUGAGAAAAAGAAGAAAGUAUUAGAGGAAAACAUUGGAAAAGUUGCCUUACUGUCUGCUUUGGUGGCUACAGUCCCUCUUCCUGGUCUUUCAGUUAUUGCGGAUUUAGCUAUUAUAACCAGGGAGAUAGAAACAUACUACAGUGUCUUUGGUCUGGAUGAUCCUUCCCUGCAGAAGCUCUGUGAAAGAUCUGGAAAGACCAUUGAGGAAUUCAAAAGUCUUAUGAAAUCGCCACUGAGUGGUGGGAUAAAUCCAGCUUCAAUAUUAUCCUUAGCGGGUGCUGCAUCCCUGGUUCUGGCUGAAAAUGCAGUUGAGUAUGUUGUGAGUCUAGUACCCUUACUUGGUUCUGUGGCGGCAGGAGGAAUGUCAUAUAUGACAGUCUCAGAAAUGCUGAAGAGAGCUCUGAAUGACAUAGCAGAAGAUGCCAGAAUCGUGCUCAUGGCUUCAGUGCAGACUGAAGUGUAAACACAGAAUGUGACACAGAAACUACAUGUAUUCAAGUAGCAUCUGCUUUUAUUCAAAUUCAAUUUCUGUUAGUUAACUAAAUGUGAUCUUGUAUUUCUUAUUUCGUUAACUGAAAUUUACAACUGAAUGCUACAAUCAUGAUACAUUACAUUUCAAAACAUUUAUCACUUUACUGUUGUAUUCAGUUAUUUUCUCAAUAUGAUAUAAGGCAAACGUUUGACUAUAAUUUCAGUUUGAUUCCUUUUGAGGAACAGUACUCGUUUUGCUUACGUGUCCAAGAUAAAGAUCAGAACAGGAUGUUCACAUGUACUGUACAGGUUUUAACAAUUUAUUGAAUGGCAGUAAAAUGAAAACAAGUUUAGACCAAUGAAAACUUAGUGUUUUUGCUGCACCUAUAUUUACAUUUACAGCAGGUUAUGUUUUACAACAUACUGUAUGCAUAGUAAUAAAUUAUACAAUUAAUAUUUUAUGGUUUGUAAACAAAACUGACAGUGGCAGUAAAGUUUCACUGACUCACACUUAAAUCGGCAAUCUCACUCCUACAGGUUUAUGCCACUUCAUAAGUGUGAUUGAUCAGGAAUUUAAUUAAACUACUAAAAUAAAUAAAAAAUGUCUUAACAAUAAAAUAACACAGUGAUGUGUUCUUUAUUCUUCCCUCAGUUACAUCCAUUUAACAAAUUUACAGCAUAUCAUUUAUAUAAUUAGGUCAUGCUGAUACUAAUUUAACCCAAUACAACUUCAUUUUGCAUACUAAGGUUUAUUAUAACAUUACUGUAUUUUUGAUCAAAUCAAGACUAUUUAGACAAGUGUGAUUAAGCGUCUAACCAAGCAGAUAUAAAUAAACUUCAUAAUAAUAAUGGUGUAACCCAAAUUUGGACCUCUGUCUUGAGGGCAUUGGCUACGUGCUUAAAAGUACAGAACAGUCUGUUUCUGAAGGUCUCAGUUGAACUUUAGACCUUAGAAGACGUAUGUGCAUCAUGUAUUUAAAUUUGAGGUUAAUUUACAGUCUUCUGAGCAAUGCUCAAAGUCCAACAAGCAACAACUAUCUGCCGACUGUUCUGAAAUAGGGAACUGAAACCAGACUGCAGAGCUCAUCAGAUAUUUUUGGAUUAAUGAUUUAACACCUCUUGAUAUUUGCUGCAUAGACGGUUUUUAGUUUUAAUCACGAGUUCCUUUGUUUGGCAGAGCUAUAAGAGGAGGCAAUGUACCCCUCCUGGUUUAGCUCAGGUUGAGUUCAGACUGGACCCUUCUAGCUGGACUUAGUCUUUGCUCACCUUCUUCUUUAUCUUUGAUUCCGGGCUCACUUGAAUACUUCAACUUCUCUCAGGUUUUAUUCAUCUCAGAUAUGAUUAUUAUUAUAUUAUUUGUUAUUAUAUGAAUAUUAGUAUAACUUUUGACUUUGGAUAUACAGGUAUUGUUGUAUACUUUGUAUUAUUAUUUUUAACAUCUUGAUUCCUUUUGAAUAUUAUAAUGCAUUUUGUAUUACUCUUAAUUGGGCAACACCCAUCAUAUAUGGAUUGCUUUUAAAACUAUAUUAAUAUUGGGAUUUGUAUUUUCUAUAUUUGAAGCUGAUUUUAAUACUUACUAAAUCUGUUUGUAAGUUAUGAGUUGUAUUCUCAUUUCCUAUAUUCUUUGAAUAAAUUUGCAUACUAAAUUACCA